AUGGACAAGUUGCCGGUAGAGAUCCUAACCAAAAUCAUCGAACUCCUUCCCCCGUCUGAUAAAGUACAGCUUCAAUCAGUUUCUAAGAAGUUCUUUGACCUCGCUCGUGAUAAUAACCUGUGGAAGCUGCACUGCUAUGAGGAAUCAUGGGCCGCCCUACGGUCUUCUCGUCCGGCAGGCCGGAUAUCGGAAAGCCUCCUCGCGCAUUCGACAACGCCUUUGAGUACAUUGGGACAGAACUCUUUGCGCGAUCUUAUUCAACCUCCAGCGCCUCAAUCGGAAGGUAGCCACUCGGACGAACCUGGAGGACUAUCGCUGAGUGAAAGAGCCCGGGCAGCGUCGGAUUGGGACUCGUCAAUCCAGGGAGAACAUGUUGAUUGGUACUCAGAAUAUAUUGCACGUCAUGGACCCAUGUCUUUAUCCUGGAUACAGCAGCCUGUGACAAGUAACGAAGGAUCACGAAAGCCCGCGCUUCAUGAAAUCAAAGGCAUGGGUUUGUUGAAAGACUGGAGUUCUGCCAGGCAAAACAAAAUUGUUGCGCCCUUAGAAGACGGAAGUGUCUGCAUUUGGGAUCUGAAUCAUUCUCACACUGGUGAAUCGCAGUCAAGCAAGGGCAAUAUCCUGGGUCGCAGUGAAACAGGCCUGCUCAUGAAAAAUUUGUCUCGACGGAGAGACCAUUCCGCUGCCAAAUCAUCGCUUGAGUUUAUCAACUUAGGCGAAGGGGUCAGUAUAGACUCUUUUCGGCAUCGGGCCUACCUAGCAGCUGGGAAUGUUCUCAAUGAAGUCGAUUUGGAGACCUUGAAGUUGAUCUCGCAGCAACGCUAUCCGUGGUCCAUAUUUGCACUUUCGCAAGAGACGGAUUAUUCUGUUCCACUAACCCUAGCCACCACACUCAGUCUUCAAAUAUAUGAUGCCAGGUUAUCCGCCACUGAGGAAGAGGAAGCAAUCAGUCUACGAUGCGAAAAUAAUCCGAACCCAUCUUUCCCCGAACUGGAUAUCUUUCCCCAUCCGGAUUUCCCGUUACUGAAACUUCAGCCAAAUGGACUACCUCCUCAUCGCAUUCGCAGCCCGGACCCCUCAGAUGAUACUAACUAUGCGCCGCUCUUCCAACCUGGCCCUCUUUCCAUUCUUCAUCCACCUGCCCCCAAUGUAAAUAGUAUUAUCCUCGCAGGUCGCUUCCCCAGCAUCCUCUGCUAUGAUCGUCGGUUUUUCCCUCGUCUACAGAGUACUGUUCACUCCGGUGGUCGUCUUUGUGGGCUUACAUCUGCCCCCGAGCCCCGAUUCCCUGUUUUCAAAGACUCUGAUUAUCCUACAUCACACACUGUUGUGGCAUGUGGUGAAUACAAUGGCAGAGGAUCUCUGGAGCUAUACGAUCUCAGCUCCACCUCUCAAGAUCCCCAAAGCAACCCUUCGGAUAGAUCAUCCACUCUAACGCCACGAUACAAGAAUCGGCAAAGUGCCGCCAGUUCCAAGCUUCUAUCAGUUGCCUCUCAUGGAAAUCGUCUUGUCUACUCUGAUUCCGAAGGAAAUAUCAAAUGGGUUGAGCGAAACGGCCGAUCCGAGGUUCGUCGCUGGAAUCUCAAUACCUCUGAGCCACAAUACACAUCAUCCCGACGCAAUCAAUCGUCAAUCUCCAACCAGAAUGCAGGAUCACAACCUCGUGGACUCUGGCCAGGUUCCCAAUCCGAUAACACCAACAAUGAGGUUGCACGAAAGAUCCUCCCAACAGGCGGAAAUCUCACCGGAGACGAACUCCUGGUGUGGACUGGAGAGCGGAUUGGACGCAUCAAGUUCUCUCUCCCGCCUGAUUCAGGCAUGGAGGAAGAAGAAGAUGAGUGGUUUAUGCAUGCUGAGGUCGACGAACAGACCCGACAAGAGUUGCGCGAUAAGCAACGAGAUGAGUGGGAGAAAGAGAGACGAUACGAAGAGACCAUGCGGCGAGCACUCGAGAGACAGGCUGACGAAGUACGAUGGAUGGGAACAGAGAACAUGAGCUGA